AGCGCAACUCACAUUUGGAAAAUAGACUCCUGACCCCUAAUAACCUGUAACACACCGUUUCCCUCAUUUGUGCAGGGCACAGAGCCGCUGCUGCCGGCUUCGUGUUUUAAUGUAGAGGCAGUGUGGCCGUGCUCUGCUCUGCUCUGUGCUGUGCUUGGUUUGGGGUUUACAGAGACCGAGCUGUAAGUAGGUCGGGCUGGGCUUAAGCGGCUUAGCUACGUCAGCCUAAGCUGGGAGGAAUUCAUCCAAAGCCCUCCGCGGUAGGCGGGGGCCUAAACGAGGCUGGCCUAGUUAAGCCUGAUUCUUAUUGUGUGCUGCACAGCCUGUUUUUGUUGUGCAACGUAGCUGAGAGGGAAGCCAGCAGUAGUGUUUGAAGCCAUGCACAUGUUAGACAUAGCUUAUGAUUGAAGAAGAGGAGGCAAAUGAGACAUGUAUGAGUGUUAAGACCAGUGGUAGCUUUAUCACCGUGGACCAAGAGAAGCCAGCAGCAGGGACAAAAAAAAAAUACAGGUGGGAAGAGUGAGGAGCCAGAGUACUGAGUGUGGUUACUGAGGGGUGACAUAGACCUGACCUGGUCUGAGUGAGUGCGCUAUGCUAUAAGAUGGCGUCCAGCUCUGUGUUUCUGUCCAGUAUGGUGGGUAAAGCUCGCUCCUCCAACUUCACCCUCUCUGAGAAGCUGGACCUGUUGAAGCUGGUCCGUCCUCACAUCCGCAUCCUGGAGGAGCACACCAACAAGCAUGCGGUCAUCGUGGACAAGAACAAGUGCUGGGACACCGUGGCUGAACAGUAUAACGCCUUGGGAGGGGACAGACCCCACCGCACCGCUCAGGGCCUGAGGACCCUCUACAAGAGGCUGAAGGAGUCAGCCAAGCAGGAAGUGAUGCAGCGGAGACACGCCCAACCAGAGUACAGAGCGAGCAUCUCCGAGCCAACCAGGAGAAUUAUGGAGAUGAUCCCUCACCUGUUUCACCAUGUGCCCAUUCACGAAAAGGACCAGGCACUGCGCAGAUUAAUAUACAGCAAGCACAACUCUCCCAUUGAACAUCCUGGCAGCAGCUCUUCUCUGGCUGGACUCCAGGAUUACUCAGCAGCAGUCCCAAGUAUAACCCAUGAUGUGGUCCAGUUGGACCCUGAAGAGGAUGUAAAACCACCACCAGACCUUCCCAUCCUCUCCUCGCACACAGGGUCAGGGCUGGAUGGAAGCCAUGAGCGGGACGGGGAGCAGGACUUGGGCAGUGUCCACGAUUACGAAGCAUCCUUGUCUCCCACCCCCUCCUCUGUGAAUAUCCCCCUCUCCACCUCGCCGCUGCCCUUACGCCAUGACCUCUACCCCAACGAUAUCUAUCCCCACCACGAGCCCGACAGGUUUCGCCCUCUGCACCUGGCCAAAGAGGAGCACGAGCUGGUUUUAGCCAAUCACAGGAAGGUUGCUCUGUACCUGGAGGAGAAAAGGGAGGGGCUGAAGAGGAAACAGGAACUGGAGGAGGAACUUCUGAGAGCCAAGAUCAAAGUGGAGAAACUAAAAGCUGCCCGACUGAGACACGGACUGCCAAUUCCUCUAUAAUACGCAUGAACGUGCACAUCUGUGGCCAGUGUCUGACAGAGAGUAGCUCUGAGGAGCAAUCAGUCAUUAGUUUUGUGUUUAAGAACUUCUUUUUCUUCUUUUGGAAACAUAGUGCCUCUUACAGACACUGAAAGCCUGUUUCAUAUUGUGGGAUAAGGCUGACUUGUGUUGCAAUCAGUCAUCAUGUUGUUCAUCAGGUUUAGAAGUUUAUCGUCAUUCCUGCACUUACUGUCAGCGGCGGCAACAAAACUUGUAAAUGCCCACAUUACUAACACUGUGAAGGGUCAAAACAGGUAAAAUAAAUGUCUAAGUCCAGAUUUAUUAAGGGAAUAUUCGUAGUAGUGACUGACUUGUACCUUGCUGGUGCUUUUCCUGCCUAGAUCUGCCACUAAUAUGUAUCUGUGAGAAUGUUAGGAUAGCAUUAAUGAUCUUUAUUAUCCAAGACUGGCAGACAGUUUAUGGUAACAGCAUUUACUCUAAUGAUGUAUUGGAGUGACAGGACUGUGAGAGUCUGCACAGAUCACAUUAGGGAGAUUGCUUGAAAAUGUCCACCUAAUUAGAAAUCAGAUGUGAUAAACUUAUUAGACAAUUAAAUUUCGUAGGUUAUUAAAAACAAAAAAACACACUGCACUUCGCUCAAGAAAUUUUCAGAGGUGCCAGGAUUGGAGCACAAGUCAAACUUUCAAAGGCCUUAACAUACUAUGCUAAUGAUGACAAAUUUAGUGCAUUGAGGUCAGUCAGAAAUUCUCUCUGGUUGCUGAACUGAUGGCCAGUUGAGUGAGCAAAAGAAGGGAGAUGUGGUUUUGGUUUUGUGAUGUUAUUAUUAUUUAAUGUAUGUAACUACAACAUGUAUUGCAACGUUGGUAAAUAAGUGUUGUCAGUUUCUUUUACAGUUUGUCCAUAUAUUAGCUUAUUUCUAUUAAAAAAGGUCA